UACUUCGAUUCAUACUCUUAUUCGCAUUCCUCUUGUGACUUCGUUUCUAAACGCAGAUUUUCUCCUUUUUCUAAGGUCUGUGUCGAUCCCAAAGUAGAGAAAUUAAACCUAAUUGUUCCCGUUUUAUUGUAGAACUACUUUUUUUUUUUUGAUAACUACUUUACAUAUAGAUUUAAGUCGUGAUCUAGCUGUCGAGAGGCUCUGUGCAGUUGCAUGAUUCGCAUACCCUUAGAAACGGGCUUUGCUUAGUGAUGUUUCGGAUGUGAGCUCUAUAUGCGAAUGUGAUAGAAAAAUUUUGUGGCAGUCAGGCUGAAUCAAUUUUAUGUUGACCUAAGAGACUUACGCAAUUCAAGAAGACCACCAAUCAUUCUGGAGGCAUGGUACGAUCUGAGCCUUGUGUUCUGUUCGCUCAGACCUUUGUUCAUCCUCAAUUGGACGAAUAUGUCGACGAGGUGAUAUUUGCUGAGCCAGUAAUCAUCACAGCUUGCGAAUUUUUGGAGCAGAAUGCUUCCUCAUCUUCUCAAGCUGUUUCUCUUGUCGGGGCAACUUCACCUCCUUCAUUUGCAUUGGAAGUGUUCGUUCGAUGUGAAGGAGAAUCAAAAUUUAAGCGACUUUGUAAUCCUUUUCUUUACACUCCUUCAGCGCCCUACCCUUUGGAAGUGGAGGCUGUUGUAACAAACCAUCUGGUGGUUAGAGGCAGCUAUCGAAGUUUGAGCUUGAUCGUCUAUGGGAACAUCGUGAAAGAUUUGGGGCAGUACAAUAUCAUUCUUGAAGGUCGUUCUGUAACUGAUAUUGUGAGUUCCACUGAGGGUAAUCUUGAGGACUUGCCAUUGGUACUGCACUCAGUUAACAGAACAAUAGAGGAAUGUCUAUCCUCUCUAGACAUAGUAUCUCUCCCCCUCGCUACUGUAGAUGUGCCUGUGGAAGUAAAGCGAUUGUUGCAGCUGCUGCUAAAAGUCUUUGAUAAGCUAGCUACUAGUGAUGUAGUAAAUAAAUUUGUGGAUACGGUAGUGUCUGGGGUCUCGUCUUAUGUCACAGACAAUGUAGAUUUCUUUUUAAAGAAUAAGAAUUGUCCGGCCGUGGCCAGUUCCGUAGAUUCUGGGUUAUUUCAUGAUAUAAUUGACAAGGUUAAGAAAGAUAUUCUUGAUCUCAAUGAAAUUCAAGAAUCAGAUGUGGCACUAGGAGUGUUCAGUUUUCUUGAAUCAGAGACUUGUUUGGCUACUUCACAACAAUUGGUUGAUAUGUUGAGCCCAUAUAUUCAGUUUGAAAGAGAUUCCUUAUGUACUGUCCUUCCACAGCUUUCAAAGGGAAAAGCCACUCUUUUGGGUUUAAGUUUGGCCUUCUUAUUAUGCUCUGGCCGAGAAGGCUGCCUCCAAUUUGUCAAUUCCGGUGGGAUGGAUCAACUUGUAUAUUUCUUUGGUCAUGAUGUUCAGAAUUCUACCACCAUUACAUUGUUGUUGCUUGGAGUUGUUGAGCAGGCUACACGCCAUUCAGUUGGGUGUGAAGGAUUUUUAGGUUGGUGGCCUCGUGAGGAUGGAAGUAUCCCAUCUGGGAAGAGUGAGGGCUACUGUCUUCUGUUGAAAUUACUUAUGCAGAAACCAUGCCAUGAGAUUGCCUCUCUUGCAAUUUAUAUUCUUCGUCGUUUGAGAAUUUACGAGGUUAUAUCAAGAUAUGAGUUUGCAGUGUUGUCAGCAUUGGAAGGUCUCUCCAAUUCUCAUGCGGCUGCAACUCAUAAUCUGGAUAUGCUAUCUGAUGCUAAGUCACAACUUCAAAAGCUCCAGAACCUGAUGAAGUCACUUGGAUCAGUUGAAGAUCCCUCACCAUCAGCCUACGCAGAAAGAAGUUUGGUUUCUGAUCAUUCGGAAGGCUGGUUGUCAUACAAAGCCACGAGUAAACUAACUGCUUCAUGGGCAUGUCCGUUUUAUAGCUCUGGAAUUGAUUCGCACAUGUUGGCACUUCUGACGGAGCGGGGUUUUCUUCCUUUGUCAGCAGCACUUCUCUCAAUGCCUGGAUUGCAUUCUAAAGUUGGAGACCUUAUGGAUGUCUUUACUGAUAUCGCAAUGUUUAUUGGCAACAUAAUUCUUUCAUUGAUGUUUUCACGCACAGGAUUGAGCUUUUUGCUACAUCAUCCUGAACUGACUGCUACAAUAAUACAAUCUCUGAAGGGAUCCGUCGAUCUGAACAAGGAGGAGUGUGUCCCCCUCCACUAUGCUUCAAUUUUAAUAUCCAAGGGUUUUACUUGCAGCUUACUGGAAAUUGGAAUAAAUCUUGAGAUGCAUUUGAGGGUGGUGAGUGCGGUAGAUCGUUUGCUCAAGUCGACACAACAAACAGAAGAAUUUCUAUGGAUUUUAUGGGAGUUGCGUGAUGUUUCUAGGUCUGAUUGUGGGCGUGAAGCUUUAUUGACGUUAGGUGUUUUUCCAGAGGCUUUAGUAGUCUUGAUUGAAGCUUUGCAUUCAGCCAAGGAUAUGGAGCCAGCAGUUGAAAAUAGUGGAAUUUCACCGCUUAAUCUAGCAAUAUGUCACUCAGCUGCUGAGAUUUUUGAGGUCAUAGUCUCUGACUCAACUGCAUCAUGCUUGCAUGCUUGGAUUGAACAUGCCCCAGUCCUUCAUAAGGCCUUGCAUACUUUGUCACCGGGUGGUUCUAAUCGAAAAGAUGCUCCUUCACGAUUACUUAAAUGGAUUGAUGCGGGUGUGGUUUAUCACAAGCAUGGUGUAGUUGGCCUUUUACGUUAUGCUGCUGUCUUGGCUUCUGGAGGGGACGCCCAAUUAUCAUCAUCAAGCAUCCUUGCACUGGAUUUAACACAGGCUGAGAAUGGUGCUGGAGAAUCAACAAAUGUCUCUGAGAUGAACGUCCUAGAUAAUCUUGGAAAAGUUAUCUUUGAGAAAUCUUUCGAAGGUGUUAACCUUUCUGAUUCAUCAAUUUCACAGUUGACAACAGCACUUCGAAUUUUAGCGCUGAUUUCAGAUAAUUCAACUGUUGCUGCUGCUUUAUAUGACGAGGGUGCGGUUACAGUUGUGUAUGCUAUCUUGGUCAACUGCAGCUUCAUGUUUGAGAGGUCGUCGAAUAUUUAUGCAGAUUAUCUGGUCGAUGACGAUCAUGGAUGCAGUUCUAUUUCUGACUUUUUGUCUGAACGUAAUCGUGAGCAAAGCUUGGUGGACCUGUUAAUUCCUUCCCUCGUCCUCUUGAUAUCUGUUCUGCAAAGACUACAGGGAACUAAGGAGCAGUAUAGAAACACCAAACUGAUGAAGGCACUCCUAAGGCUACAUCGGGAAGUCAGCCCGAAGCUAGCUGCUUGUGCAGCUGACUUGUCCUCCCAUUAUCCGGACUCUGCUCUUGGCUUUGGAGCAGUGUGCCACCUCAUUGUGUCCGCCCUUGUCUGCUGGCCAGUUUAUGGAUGGAUUCCUGGACUAUUCCACACUCUUCUUUCGGGUGUCCAGACGUCUUCUGUUCCUGCCUUGGGUCCAAAGGAGACCUGUAGUUUCCUCUGCAUUCUAACCGAUAUUCUCCCUGAAGAAGGAGUCUGGUUUUGGAAGAGUGGCAUGCCCUUAUUAAGUGGUCUCAGAAAGUUGGCGGUUGGGACAUUGAUGGGUCCACAGAAGGAGAAACAGAUCAACUGGUAUCUGGAGGCUGGUCCUCUUGAAAAGCUGAUAAACCAUUUGACUCCUAAUCUUGAAAAGAUUGCAAAGAUUAUCCAACAUCAUGCAGUAUCUGCAUUGGUGGUCAUUCAGGAUAUGCUUCGGGUUUUCAUAGUUCGUAUUGCAUGUCAAAGGGUUGAGCAUGCUUCUAUCCUUCUGAGGCCCAUAUUUUCAUCUAUCAGAGAUGGUAUUUUGGAUCAGUCAUCAACAAGAAACACUGAAGCUUAUAUGGUCUACAGAUAUCUUAAUUUUCUGGCUAGUUUAUUAGAGCACCCGCAUGCUAAGGGAUUACUCUUAGAGGAGGGUAUUGUUCAACUCCUUGUGGAAGUUCUGGAAAGAUGUUAUGAUGCCACUUAUCCAAGUGAAAACAGGGUUCUAGAGUAUGGAAUUGUGUCCGAGUCUAGUGUGAUUCAGUGGUGUAUUCCAGCUUUCAGAUCGAUCUCACUGCUAUGUGAUUCACAAGUGCCUCUCUUGUGCUUUCAGAAGAAAGAGCUAUUGGCCAGUUUGAGUGCAAAAGAUUGUGCAUUGAUUUUACCCUUUGUGCUGAAGUUCUGCCAGGUCUUGCCUGUUGGCAAUGAGCUAUUAUCUUGUCUCGGCGCUUUCAAAGACCUGAUCUCAUGUGGUGAAGGUCAAGAUGGUCUGGUUUCACUUUUGUUUCAAUUGUUUUCUGGUGCCGAAGAACCUGUAUCUGAAAGGUGGUGUGACACUCAUAAUUUGAGUCUCGAUCAACUAGAAAUGAAGAAAAAUCCCCCUUUUCUAUCUUGCUGGAUCAAGUUAUUGAACUCAAUUAAUUCAAAAGAUGGUUUGUCUAGUCUUGCAAUUAAGGCAGUAAACGUUCUGAGCGUGGGCUCCAUCAGAUUAUGCCUUGAUGGUAAAAGUUUGAACUCGAGGAAGGUUGCAGGACUAAAAUCCCUCUUUGGCCUUCCAAGUGAGUUUAGUGGUACAGACACUUUUAGAGAGGAAAAUAUUGGUUUGAUUGAACAAAUGGUGACAUUGUUGAGUUCAACGACUUCUGGAUCUGAUAGUUCCGAAACAGCUGAGAUGAAGCCCUAUUUGCAUGAGGCAUCUCGGUCGUUGCUGUCGUUGCUAAAAGACGGGAAUAUUGAUGAUAUUAUCUCCUGCAAAGGUGUUCUUGUUUCUCCUGGGAAUUUUGAUAUGGAUGAUUUGGACUCUGAAAACAUUGAGGACGAUCUCUAUCAAAGAGGACUUGAAGACAAGUUCUGGUGGGAAUGUCCAGAAACAUUACCUGAGCGUCUGCCCCAGUCAUCUCUCCCUGCGAAAAGGAAACUAUCAACUUUGGAGAGCUCUAGCAGGCGUGCUAAAGGCGAAAACUCUUCUGUUGACAUACCGACCCAAAAUUCAGUUCACCGGGCGCUGGGUUCUUUAUCCCUUCCUCCUGCUCCCACACGUAGAGAUACCUUUAGGCAGCGCAAGCCGAAUACCAGCAGGCCUCCCUCUAUGCAUGUAGAUGAUUAUGUUGCUAGGGAAAGGAGUGUUGAUACAGCUGGUAAUUCUAAUGCAAUAACCAUUUCUCGAGCAGGAUCUAGCAGUGGUAGACCUCCAUCUAUUCAUGUUGAUGAGUUUAUGGCCAGACAGAGAGAACGAGGCCAAAAUCCAUCCACCAUUGUGGUUGGAGAGGCUGUUGUGCAAGUGAAAAAUCCUACUCCUGCUAGAGAUUCUGAAAAAGUUGCAGGUAAACCUAAACAAUUCAAAGCCGAUCCUGAUGAUGAUCUACAAGGAAUAGAUAUAGUGUUUGAUGGUGAGGAGUGUGAAGGACCUGAUGACAAGUUGCCAUUUCUUCAGCCCGAUGAGAACCUUAUGCAGCCUUCUCCUGUCAUGGUUGAACAAAACUCUCCUCACUCCAUUGUUGAAGAAACCGAGAGUGAUGCAAAUGGAAGUAGUCAAUUCUCUCACAUGGGCACACCAGUGGCAUCUAAUGUUGACGAAAACGUUCAGAGCGAAUUUUCAUCAAGGAUUUCAGUUUCACGCCCUGAUAUGUCGUUGAUUCGGGAACCAAGCAUUUCUUCAGACAGAAAAUUUGUUGAGCAAGCAGACGAAUCAAAGAAAAUGGCCCCUCUAAAGAGUGCCGGCAUAUCUGAAUCUGUGUUUGUACCUGCUUACAACAUGCCAGGAUCUUCAGGACAAAAUUUGAUUGAUCCUAGAGUGGGUCCUCAGGGGUUCUAUUCAAAGAGUAGUCAGCAACACACGGGCCAUAUUCAUAGUGGAUUCAGUGGUCGGGGGGUUUAUGAACAGAAAGUGAUGCCAAACCAGCCUCCUUUACCCUUAGUGCCACCUCAAUCAGUCUCACCUGUGAUACCACAUUCCUCUGAUUCUCUUUCUAAUCAAUCCUCCCCUUUUAUUAGUCAUGGAACACAAUCUUCAGGAGGACCCAUCCGGCUUACGCCACCCCUCCCUUCAGCAAUGCCCCAGUACUCAUCUAACCCAUAUGCCUCGUUACCACCAAGGACAUCUACAACUCAAUCUUUUGGAUACAGCCAGGCAGGCGUAGGUACCACUGAACAACAACAGAGUGGGCCAGUCAUUGAUCAUCAGUCUGGCAAUUUAUCUGUUUCAGGUACCGGAAUGAUCUCUUACCCUCCCCACACUUUAAUGUCAGCCCAUAAUUUUAGCAGGCCAUCAUCUCUCCCUGUGCCAUUCUAUGCAAAUCCUUCGCAUCAAGGAGGUGAUAAGCCGCAAACUAUGUUGUCGGUUCCCUCCAUCCCUCAAUCACUAAAUCCACAGUCCAUCCCUCAGCUGCAAUCGAUGCAGCUUUCACAGUUACAACGCCCUAUGCAGCCUCCUCAGCAUGUUAGACCACCCAUACAGAUAUCUCAACCAUCAGAGCAAGGAGUAUCAAUGCAAAACCCAUUUCAGAUUCCAAUGCAUCAGAUGCAGAUGAUGCAACAGACGCAAGUCCAGCCGUACUAUCACACUCCUCAACAGCAAGAUCUCUCUCAGGUGCAGCAACAGCCACAGCAUCAUGCUGUUCAAGGUCAGCAAGGAGCUGGGACUUCUCAGCAACAAGACUCUGGAAUGUCAUUACAUGAUUACUUCAAGUCUCCAGAAGCCAUUCAGUCUCUAUUAAGUGACCGUGACAAGCUGUGUCAGCUUCUGGAACAACAUCCAAAGUUAAUGCAGAUGCUUCAGGAAAAACUUGGGCAGCUAUGAGGAGAUAGAGACUUUUCAGCAAAUACAUCACUUUGCUUACUAGUCGCUUUUCUAUUUCUGUAAUGUUUAAUAACAUGUACAUUGUUUCAGUUAAUAUGUAGACAAAAGCGGUAAUAGGUAUCGCUUUCUGUUGUUGUUUAGUCAUAUUCAUGUACAUUAGCAAGAAAACAAACUCCUCCUUCAAGUUCAA